UUGAUUCUCCCUUCCCACUUGGUUGGACUGAUAAAUAUUUAGUUUCUUAUUAAACCCCUGGCAAUGACGGCUGAUUACUUUGGCAACAUUGCAUUGCGUGAAAGGUAAAACGCAUGGGCGUUUUCAGGUCCUAGAGUAUUUUAGCCAAUUAUACUCCUACAAAAACAAAAGUCCUUGUUUUUGAGGGAAACUUACCUCAGCCCCUGAUCUUUUCAAAAGCUAGAAAAAGCUGGUAAAAUGUGUAAAUGGACUUUCUUUUGCUGUGCGCAAAUGGACUAUUAUUUUUUUGUGUCAUUUUGGCGGAAUCGGGCGCACAAGCAGACGCAGCAGUCUGUCAGUUUAUAUCGCACAGGAAGGUAAAAACUGCCGCGUGUGGCUGAUAAAGCGAGAUCGAUACCACGCUGCAUAGCUGAAGAGACGCUUGUUUGGUAGGAAAUGUAAUGUAUGUAUCAGUCAACUUGAAGGCCAAUCCAUGGCUGCCUAAAAGACGUAUUGCAUAAAUGAGGAUAAAGGCGUUGGCCCUUAAACGUGGGAUGGCAUGGCGGAAGAGGUUGAUAUAUUGCACGACAGCCCAGUCUUCCCUCCAACCAGGGCUGGGACAGUUACUGUUUUUUACUGCUUAACCCUGGCAUUAUCCCACGGUGCACAAUGCAUCGCAGCUCAUUGGUCUUUUGCAAUAGCAAGAACGCAAAGAUCGUACUUGUUGUCUUUGAAAGACUGGUCUUGCUAACUUGUCUCCCAAGAACGAGCUGGGGGCACAAUGAGUCUCGUUUGGUGAGGAUGCAACCAGUGUAUCCUUGAUAUUUGGGGCUGAGGAGAAACAACAUCCUGGGAUUUUUACCGUCCUCAGAACUUCUGUUCUUGAGCAUUGGAACUGGUCUUCGGCAACGAUAAAGGAUACACGAGACCAAAAGUACAGUCAAGUACGCCCCCCGAAUCUGAAGCUGGCGUACUUCCUUUGAGAACCCGCAUGAUCUCGAAGAUACCAAUGGAUCAGACAACGUUGACGAUAUCCAAAAUAUUCAACGGGGAAGGUCGAUCUUACAGCCGCUUCAGCUUGACCCAGGAUGCCGACGGAGAAACCAACCAAGUGGAGCUGAAAACGUCCAGAGACGGCGAUGAAGAGGCUGGGGAGACGCUCGGGGGGAGCUUCAGCCAGCAGACGUACGCCCCCCAGAGGUGGCGCUCACCGAAACAUGUGGCCAUGCUGGUCGGUGGAUUUCUUUUCUUCUUUGUUGUUGGUCUCCUGCUUGGGUCCACCAUCUUCCGCAGGCAGCCCAAGCUACAGACCCCAGCGGAUGUUGAUGAGUGCCCACUCGUCGUAGAGACCAGUGCCAAGGUUGAUGUCAUCCUCGACUGGGACGAUGUCCGCAACAUGCUGCAGAGCAAGCUGUCCCCUGAAAUUUUCAAGCAGUGUUUUGAGAACUUUAAAAGCACUGAUCACGAGGCUGGCUCUGAUGGGGAGAUGCAGCUUGGCGAAAAGAUUAUCGAGCUUUUCAAAAACCUGGACAUGAACCCGUGGAAGGACCACCACUUCGUGAAACUCCAGCGCCCCGUGGGAACCUCAGUAAACCGGGUCAGCUUCGGCACGGAGUUGGUGGGCGAGCCCCUGGGUUACCUGGCCUAUAGUGCCAGUGGCACCAAGCAGGGCAGGAUCAUCUACAGCCACUACGGACAAGAAGAGGACUUCAAGGUCUUGCUUGACAAAAACAUCAACGUCACCAAAGCCGUCGUCCUCAUGAGGGCCGGAAAGAUCAGUUUCGCUGAGAAGGUGGCCAACGCGGCGAAGCUUGGCGCAGUCGCUGUCCUCAUAUACCCUGAUCCGGUGGACAUUAACUGCGGCAGCAGCUGUGAGAUGUUUGGCCAUAUCCACAUGGGCACUGGUGACCCCUACACCCCCGGCUUCCCCUCCUUCAACCACACUCAGUUCCUGCUGUCGCGCUCCUCGGGGCUGCCGGGAAUCCUGGCCCAGACCAUCACCCCCAUCAUGGCGUCUACGCUACUGCGGAAAAUGCGGGGUGACCAGCCUGCCCCUGAGGCGUGGCGUGACUCCAAGCUGAGCUCGGGGAUCUCCGUGCUGCUCGGCCGUGACAGUGACCUCGUGACUGUGGAGGUCAACACCACCCUCAUCGACAAGGAGCUCGUUAACAUCUUUGGGGUCAUCAGGGGAUUCAUGGAGCCCGAUCACUACGUGGUGCUCGGGGCCCAGAGAGACGCCUGGGGUCCGGGCUUCGCAAAGUCUACUGUGGGGACAUGCCUGCUUGUGGAACUGGCCAAAGCAACCAGGGCCAUGGUGAAGAACGGUGAUUUCAGACCCAGAAGAAGCAUCAUGUUUGCCAGUUGGAGUGGUGGGGACUAUGGGAGCGUGGGCGCCACCGAGUGGCUGGAGGGAUAUCUAAUGUCACUGAACAUGAAGGCGUACACCUACAUCAGCCUGGAUGCAGUCGUCACCGGUUACAAAACGUUUAAAGCCUCUGCGAGCCCAAUGCUGUACAAACUGAUGGGGGAGACGCUGAAAGAGGUGAAGAGUCCAGUCGCAGGGACCAGCAGCUCACUCACCCUGUAUUCCGAUUUUGCUGGAACCAACUGGUAUACGAAAGUGAUGACGCCCAUGAAGAUGUCCGACCCAGCUUAUCCGUUCCUGGCCUUCUCCGGCAUUCCAUCCGUCUCCUUCCGCUUCGAAUCUGACGUGGACAUCGGUUACCACUACUACGGGACCCUCUCGGACACCCAGGAUAACCUGGACUACGCCACGGGGAGGCAGUUGACGGCGCUGACCAUGAGUGCAGCCCAGGUGGCCGGGACCAUGAUGCUGCGCUUGGUGCAUGACCAUUUGCUGCGGCUGGACGUCGAGCACUACAAGACGAUCCUGCGGAUGAAGGUCGUUCCCAUCAUACAGCAACUGGAUCGGAAGGCAAAGACUCUUCAGCAGAAUCCGGCAGUGUCAAACCACGCAGAGGCGAUAACCUCCAAUUGGCUGAGAUCAGCCAUGGGUUCCUUCACCCGGGCCACCAACCUCCUGAUUGACGGCAUCCGCAUGAGUGACCUGAGUGACAUUGAGAUAUGCCAGCGCUUCAACGACCGCAUCAUGCGGGUGGAGGGGAACUUGCUGUCACCCUACAAGUCCCCGCAGGAGACCCCAUUCCGCCACAUCCUCUUUGGCUCCGGGUCGCACACGCUGCAGUCACUGCUGGACAACGUGAUCGCGGUCGGGGCCAACGCCACGGAGGAGAACCUCAACUUGCUCCGGGAGCAGCUGGCCCUCGCCACCUGGACCAUCCAGGGGAGCGCCAACGCACUGGCUGGCAACAUGUGGGAGCUGGACAACCAGAUUUAAACCCCCCCACACACACACCACCACUACAGGAAAAAAUAUAACCGGACCCCUCUGAACCCAGUCCCACUUAAAUGUUCUCUGACCCCAGAUAUCCCUACCUCCUAACCUUCCUCUGAAAACGUCUUAGGUUUGUGCCAGUGUUUGACACACCUCUUGCAAGAGGCGAACUCCCCCUCAUACUGACAAACUUGCAGCUUUAACUUGAUCGGCACAUUUACAAAACUCGCAUUUAAAAAGACAUUGCAUUAUCCAGCUGUGUAAAAUGUAUAUUGCAUAGGGCAGCGUGGGAAUAAUUAUUGGGAUUCCAAAUUAGAGCUCACCUUCUGGCUGGCUGGAUUCCUCCCAAAUUCUCUCAAAUAGCUAGACUUUAUUUGCCCUAAAAUGGAAUGUUCCAGUUAUUUCAGCUGUAGGGAGUAGAGGCAAAGCCAGAGCUGCUGCUCAGACUUGAGGCCGCAGUGCUGGUUAGUCGUAUUUUGUGUUCUUUAUCGGCAUUCUGUCUAAUUCGAGCAGCACCGCAUUCCGUCCAAUCGGCUUUGAAUUGCGGAUGCGGUUUCUCCGACAACCAGCGUACCUCGGUGAGUCGGUCAAACCGUGAUAUAGGGAAAAAAUGUGGUCCUUUCCGUGUGUCUUGUUACAUUGUGUGUUAUUUAUUUAUCAGUGACAGCGUUCACUAUAAAUAGUUUUUUAAGAGUCUAAUUUAUUUUUCGUACGAAAUUAUCGGAAGCAGUGCCUUCCAUAAUUGACGGUUAUACUGUCGGUCUACAAAGCAGCAUCUGCUGAUAGAGGCUUGUUUAAGGCGGCUGCAGGGUUGGGGGGAUUUUUGGGCUCCCACCUAGCCACCCCCAGUCCUGUGGCUGUCAGCUGCCGUUUUCUGUGGCGAGAGAGAGAUCGCGGAGUGACAGAUUAGCGGCAGGGCGGUUCAAUGGCAUCGACCUUUUUAGAACAAGCUGGUUGCUACGUUUUUGUUAUAUGAUCCUAAAACAUUAUCGGGGGCAGAGACCUCCAUAAUGUCCGGCUGUGACGGUAGUUUUUGCCUACCGGUGAGAGCAUAUCGGGGGCAGUGAUCCCCAUAUUUCACUGUGGCUAGCACUUAUCGGGGGCAGUGACCCCCAUAUUUCACUGCGGCUAGCACUUAUCGGGGGCAGUGUUUCCCAUAAUUUAUAAUCCACUUAUUUGUUUGCAUGCACAAAUUCUGCGGCCGGCGUUUGAUAGCUGGGCCGUGGCAACACCCCAACCUGCACUGGGGCUUUACUGGUGUGCUAAAACAAGGGGGCAAGUGUGAUUACCCACUUCUACCACCUAGUACUACCCCCACCCCCCACAUUUUAUCUAUGGGGAGGCUAGAUCACUGGAAGCUGUUAUGAUAGAACGGUUUGAUUUGUAUUUGCAUGUGUCUCCCUUCUGCUGACUCCAGUCUGAACCUUUUGGCCUUACAUUAGGGUUACAUGGGGUUGCAUUUUUCAAUCACUAAUAAUAAAAGCAUUGGGUCACGAUCCUACAUCCUACUGGUGCGCGAGAGCUGCUAGCUGCUGGCAGCUCCAGAUGUUUGCCCAAGACAUCAAACCUGACCCCAUGUGCCCUCAAAGGUUCAAACUCUCACAUCGGUUUGAACUUUCUAUCUUCUUGGGGGGUUGGUCAUGUGACCUGCCCUGACACUGACCCCCAGUCACAUGACCACCCAAGGUUUCAUUGAUGGGAUUAGAGAGCACUGUAUGAAACUGUAACACUGGUGAAGUCAAAAGGAGGAGAUGGAAGAUUUUCAUAGAAAGCAUUUAGAGAAUUACAGGGGCACUUUUCUCAACCUUUUUCUCUUUUUAAAUGCAAGACACAGCUUCUGGCUUUAGGCAAGUUUCACUUUCUUUACUGAAUCAUGAGUAAAGGCUUGAUGUAGAGUGAGCUUUUUUCCAGCAGAGGAGGAGGCUCUUUUGUACUCAUGGGUAAGCAGACACUGCAUGAUUUCAUAUUCUGUUGUGGUUUGGGAACUCUUGCUUUAAGGCAUCACUUUGACCUCCUGUCUGAGUAGGUGAAGCAGAAUAGAGUCAGUCAGCUUAGCCUAUCAGUAACUAGGUCCUCCCUCUGUUCUCGCUUGGUGUCUUCCUGUAUAAUACAUGUCGACUCUGGGUGUUCUUUUGGGAUUCUUCAUUCAAGGUCUGAUUUUGUUCUUUUUCACUGCCGCUAAGGGGCUCUCUCGAGCGAAGCUUUGUCUGGUGUUUAGGAACUCAUGAACAUCUGUAUCUUGAAUCAGGUGCUUGUGAAAAAGUUUGUGCAUGGAUACCAGAUUUUGACCCUGUUUCUGAAAUAAACGUUUCUGCAAAAAUACAA